GGCGCUUGGUGCUGCCCGUCUCCUCUCUCCGCUCCCCUCCCCGACACGGUUGGCACAUUCUCUGAAGAGGAGCUUCCCUCCCCCGCCUCCUCCUACUCCCCUCUUCCACUUGCAAGGAUCUGGGCGUUGGAGGCAGGCUGACUGGGAAAGCUCUGGGAAUACCCCCGGCAAGAGAGGAGAGAGGAGAGGGAUCGCGGGCCCUGGCCAUCCCGCCAGCAUGUUGAUGUAGCCUGGGCUCCGCGACCAUGCCGGGCGGGGUCUGAGCUGCUCCCACGGUGCGAGAGAGCGGAGCCGAGCGGAUUUGGGAGCCGGCGGCGUGAGUGAGGGAAGCAGAACCGACCGAGGAGCGGGGUUUGCAGGGUGACAGGGAAGAUGUCGAGCAACAGCACAGCCAGUAUAUCUCAGGCCAGGAAAGCAGUGGAGCAGCUGAAGAUGGAAGCUUGUAUGGACAGAAUGAAGGUGUCAAAGGCGUCAGCUGACCUGAUGGCUUACUGCGAUGCUCACCUCAGGGAUGACCCACUCAUCGCCCCACUGCCUGCCUCAGAGAACCCCUUCAGGGAGAAGAAGUUUUUCUGUAUCAUCCUCUGACAACGUGCAACUAAGUGGGCAGUGAGGUGGGAUAUACUGUGUCCAAACAGAGGAACUGUAGAUGUUGGGAGUGUCACUUGUGCAUGCUGUGAUUAUUGCACCUAUUCUAGAGGAAUAAACUUACUAAGUGUUUUGUGUUAAUCAUUAUUUUGAUGGCACAGUGUCGUGUCAGUUCAGAAAAGUUUUUUUUUUAAGAAUUUAGAUGAAUUUUUCUAACUGGACCCUUGUGUUUUGUAUAUUAAAUAUAAAAUCUUAAAGCACAAUCCAUUUGGUGGUGACAGGGAAGAGUGGCUUUGGGGAGAAGACAAGUAUAGCCAUUCUAUUUUUGAUGAUUGUACAUAGUGAAGGUAGACUGAAUUUACCCAAUCUCAACAGUAUUGAAGUUCCAUGUAAAGGGACAUAUCAAGAAAUGUUUACCGUGAAACCAACUAUGAUGCAGGAACAAAAAUUACUUGUUUUUAUAGGAAAUUAUAUUUUGCUCUCCGAAAACAAAUCUAAUAUCCUAAUUUAUCUGGCCAUAACUUUGAAAUGCUUCCUUAUCUAAAAAUAUUGCCACGUUAAAUACAUGAAUCAAUGUAUAUUCCAUUGGUUGGAGCUUGAAUUUGUGUCCAGAAUCCCAGCUGUAUUUAACAAGGAAUUUCCAAAAUGGAAACUGGUAUACAGGUGUUAUGCUCUUUGUGAGGUCCUUGUACUCUUCAUCACAUUCUGAAGACAUCCUCCCAUCCUUUUUCCACUCUGUGCUCUUCACCUCAAUAACUGCAUGUGGUAACAGAUUUCACAUCUCAGAUUAAAUAACGGAAGAAGAGGGAACUCCCUGCUGGAUUUGUUAGUCACUGUAUUUUAUUAAUGAUACUUAAGGGUCUGUCGCACAAGCAUGCGACUCCAUGCGGCAAGUGCGACCUAAAGGGCCGGUCCCACCAGCAUGCGACUCCAUGCAGCAAGCGCGACCUAACGUGGUCGCUUGAGCCGUACGGCCUCGCGGGGCUGGUCCCACUUCGAUCGCUGGAGUUGUGCGGAGCUGGUCCCGACAUCGCGCGGGGCUCCGAAAAACUGACCGUCUCGACGCCGUGUCACUCACUCGACCUCCGCGCGGCUCCCGCUUCUGGUUUGGUCGCGCUUGCCGCAUGCAGGCGCAUGCUGGUGGGAUCGGCCCUUUAGGUCGCGCUUGCCGCAUGGAGUCGCAUGCUCGUGGGACAGGACCUUUAGUUUUGGUGUCCAUUGAAAGUAGAAACAUCUUCCAUAAUCUAAAAUAUCAUGCACCAGGUCCACUUCUUUUUUCCAAAAACACAGGCCUUUCUUUGGACUUAAAGAGACUGCAUACUUGAAGAACGUCAGCAGAAAUCUGAACCGGGGAACAACCUUGGGCAUGGUUUCAUGCCAAAUGGGAUGUGGCCUCACUAUUCAGUCAGGAUUACUGAUGAGUUUUGAAUAUUCCAUGGUAGCAGAGUGAAGCAAAAUUGCGAUCACCCUCCUUUACUUCAGUUGUGGUUUUUGGUGAUUUCUGCCCAAAGCUUUUUAAAGUAUGGCAUGUAAGACAUGAGUCUGAGCCUUGUGAAAUGCAAAUGAGAGAAACUUGAAAUCGGGAAUGAUGAAAUCAAAACUCAAGUAUCUUAGCCAUCAAUCAUAAAAUGUAUCUCCAUUAGUUAUUUAAUAUGAAAUACAAUAAGGAUAAUUUAAUAUAAAUGUGAGUCAGUGUUGACCAGUUCAUUAUGGGAUUCUUUGUAGUUGGGAUGCUGUCACUUCAUGAUCGCGCAAUCAUAGAGAAGGUUUUCUCCACUGCUGGGUGGGGUGCAAAGAAUCAAAAAUGUACCGAACAUAUUUUCAAAUAAAGUAUCCAUUGGACUUUUUUGUACAUUGUUGUGGACAUUGCUGGUAUCUGUAAUAUUUCCUGAACUAAGGAGACAUUAUAGAGUUAACCACAAUGAUGCAUAGAAUGUUUGAGAGUGCAGCGUUGCAAAAUUUUGUUAAAAAUGUAGUGCUGAAGCAGAUUCUGGUCUUUACCUCAAUACAAGAAGGUUGUUUAUUCUUUCAAAGGUGAACAGAGAUAUUACUGUGUUGAUCCUUGAUGUCAGGAUAAAUACGAAGACAAAAGCAAAGAACGACAUUCAUCGAGGAAAAUAUUUGCUUUAUCUUAUUCCCUAACUAGAUCGUGGAUGAGUAAGAACAGAUAAGUAACCAAAGGUUUUAAAAUGAGUCAUGGAUGAAUUAAAAUGUUUGGACAGAGGGAAUUCAGAGCUUAGAAUCUACAGGGCUCUGGAGAGCUGACUUAGAACAAGAAUUCAGGAGGUAUUGGUUUACACGGAAGAUGAGUAUCAGCUGGAGUCAAACUGCUGGUCAGCUAAGGAACAACUGGAUGCUUCAAAGGGAGGAUAGACAGGCUGGUAUUCUGCAAGCAGAAGUGUAAUAACCCAUGAGACUGCUUUCAACAAAAAUGAUCUUGUGAUGUUGGUUGCAUCUAAAAUUAAUAGGAAUACAUCAAACAUAUAAUAAAAUGUACAAUUUUGUGUUCAGCACAAUUGCACUGUAAAUCUGAAUGUCAAAUAUAAAUUGAUUAAAAAUUAAUUCCAGUGUUUUAACUUUUGAUGUGUCACUCAAUAAGCCUCACAUUACAGGAAGUCAAUCAACAUUUGGCUUCCUCUUCCUUUGAUAUUUUUCCAUUUUGUUUUACCCUGUUUCAACUAUUGAGAUGCUUUUUGAAAAUGUACUUAAAGGGGAAAUGUAGUUUGCCAAGUCAUCACCUGCUUUGAGAAUAAUGAAGAGGCAGAUGCUGACAAUUCAUUGUUUUUUUGUGGUCAUGUCAUGUUGCGUUGUUGUUCAUGUUCAAAACUAGAGGCAGACUUGGAACAAGCAUCGCUGUGCAAAAAUUGAAAAAAUAAAAUGUCAAUAAAUGGUUGCCAACUUUAUAGGAUUGUUCUGCAACCUCUCUGAUUUAAAGUUUAAUCUCCUCAUCAGUGCCAGUGAGCUAUAUCCAAGAAAAAAAAAUCACCACAGUCCAUUGAGAAAACCUGCUUCCAUUAUUUUCAUUAAAAAAAAACAUCUCUGAAGGCAUUAGAGAUGGGAGGGGUUAGACUGCUUGAAUGGACUGGAGAGUUGAAAGCAAAUGUUCUGCGAUGAAUCUUUCAGGAACAAUCCAACCAGAGUUGGUGAUGUGUGGUAAUGAGAGGCUUGAAAUAUGUCUGUUAAUGAUUGAGCGGGGGAAAUCUAUUGCCGUAAUGUUUUUUUAAUUGUGAAGAAAACAAUAGAUGUAAUGGAUGGGGAGGAUGUCCUGAGUUCAUUGCCCAUCACCCCACAUCAAGGAUUUUUGUUCACAAGAUAAUUUGGCCGUGUUCAUUCAUCUCUACCCCACUGAGCCAUCUGGUUAAUUAAUAAAUGAUUCCAUGACUUUCUCAUCCAGUAGUCUGCACGUCCUGAGCUGUGCAUGCAGAAUUAUUUUUACAGAUUUGUCUUAAAAUUACUAGUCGGAACAGCCAUCCUUUUUCCUACUUCAAUGGUUUAAUUUGUGCUUUCCAUUCCCUAAACCAUUAUGUAUUUCUGUACCAGCUCAUCACUUGGACACCUUUUUUCCAUGCUGAAUGACACACAUUUCUCUGGUGCUUUCUUGUUUCUCGGAUGCCACCAGAGAUUGGGUAUCUGGCCCUGACACCUGGUAUCUGGCACAGCAUGAAGUCUUUGAAUUUCUCAUUGAUGAUCAAUAUACAUGGUACCACCAAUAAGGUCUGUCUAGGAGUAUGCUACUUUUUCAGAAAUGAAGACUCCAUUUGAAAAAAACAAUUUCCUCAUAAUCAUCUGUUUUGAAAUCCACAUGUAUGAGAAGUGACUGAGACAAUCUUAAAAUUGCAAAUUUCUGUCUUAACAUUUUAAAACGUGAUUAUUUUUAAGCAUGUGUUAAAACACACUUUAAACUCUUGCUUUAACGUGUUGGAGCUACUUCAUACCCUGGUACAUUCAAACCCCAAUUUUGAAAUCUGUUUUAACACUAAAAAAUCUCAUGUUCACUAUAUUUCUAAUGAUGUGUCAGCCUCAUUUUUUUAAAUAUGGAACAUUUCUCAUGAGAAGCACAUUUGCUUUCUGUGGCCAAUUUUCUCACCCUUCUUAAGGAUGACACCCUCGCAAAGAUAUGGUAGCUGUCUAGCAAAUUGCUCUUUGUGACAAGGUGGUAGUGAGUGCCAAUGAACCAUUCAACCAAAUUUUACAUUUAACAUUUACACAACUUCCACAGCAGAGCGUACUUUUGGUAGGAGUAUGGUUAUUGGAGUUCUUGAUAGGAUCAAAGAAUGAUUACACGAGUGAAGGUAAAGCUGAUUUUGCUAUAUGAAACCCUGGAGCACUGGAGAUGAUUAUGGUAUUCGAAAGGCUAGGCGGCGGAAAGACAUCAACCACGAACCCUUUCUCUGAUAAGUAAAUAUUUGUUAUCGGUUUAUUAUGACGCGUACCAAGAUACAGUGAAAAGCUUUUGUUUGUAUGCUAUCCAUAUUGUAAUAUUCCUGGCUGACAAUCUGUUGCCUAUUUUGUGAUACUACCCCAUAACUAGUGACUGCUUGGUGUGAAACCCACCACAUUGACUCUCUAGGCAGUGAUAAACUGCGUGUUGGUACUUUAUCUUCUGCCAGGGAACUUUGUAUUGAAUGGGUUUCAAUAUUCACAGUUCUAGUAAUGUAAUCCAAAUAAUCUCCAAACCAUUCAGGGAAGGCCAUAGGUCACCUGCAACUCUCCAGCCAAAUUAGCAGCAGCCAUUCCAAGUUGAAUACGUUGGGAUACCACCUCAAUAAUUCGGAGUUUUAAAUUCUUUGUAACAGCAUUUGGGGCACUAAGCCUUUGAAGUGUGCCUCCCUGCAUCUUGUAAACUUGUUUCAAAUGCCAUUUCCCCAACACCAGCUGUCAUUGAGUUACUUUUAUCAGCUGCUGCCUUGAACCCAUGGAGUCCUUGUGGUAAAUGUGUUCAGGAAAAAUUGUGGUCCACGGUAUUUAGGCAUUUCACCUGGUAGCAAUGAAAGAAAGGAGAAUGUGCAUUCAGUGAGUUGGAAGAGGCUUGGAGGUCACGUUUCCAAGUUUCCACUAUCCUAGUCAGAUUAGAAAGUGGUGGCCACAGUUUUGGGAGGUUCUGGCAAAGAUUGUUAUUUUAUCACUGGUAGAUAAAACACAGUGCAGUAGCAAUAGAGGGAGUUGUGUAGGAAUGAACUGCAGAUGCUGGUUUACACCAAAAAUAGACAUAAAAUGCUGGAGUAACUCAGCGAAACAGGCAGCAUGACACAAAAUGCUGGAGUAAGGGUUUCGACCCGAAACGUCACACAUUCUAUCCAGAGAUGCUGCCUGUCCCACUGAGUUACUCCAGCAUUUUCUAUCUAUAAUAGAGGGAGUUGAUGUGGGAUGGACAGAAUUGAGUCCUUGUGGUUAUGAUGAGCGCAAUCCCAAGUCACAAUGUGGGUGUUUACAAAGGAAGUUUAAGGUAACCAAAAUACCCCAAAGUAAUUUGCUGCAAGGAGAUAAGAAAAAAAAACUGACAUUGGGAUAAAACAAAUUUACCAUGAUUUGUGGUGGUGCAUGCAUUUCUGUGAGAAAUGUGCCAAGUCUGCUUCCCUUUGUUUAUUUUGAUAACUUUGUGAAGAGCACUGAUAUAUUAAAGUACAUUCCCGGGAUAAAGGUGAAACUUUUUAAAUCCUGGUAUCACUCUUCCUGGGAGGAAUGCACAGACUUCUAACUUUUAAUGGUUGUCCAAUAUGUUGCACUUGCAUUGGGUGCAGAUGAAACGCACUGUUGUAAGAUAAACAUUGUAUUUAGCCUCAACAUGUUAGUUUCACAUUGUACUCUGAGAAAAUAUAUUAGAAAAAUCAGGUGCAAACCUUAGUUUGUUACAUCAUGACUCAGAUGAGCAAAUUGGUUGGUGCUUUUGUUUAUUUCCUGUUUGGUGAUUAGUAAAGAUUAUGAAAUUAUUAAAGAGAUAUUCAGUUGUCA